GUGGCUGUAAUUAUGAGGUUACAACUUCAAUUUUUCCUAAUUCGCUCUCAACAAUGUGGUCACGUUCAAUCCUCAAUACCGACAUCUGAAACGACGCAGUUUAGAAGGCUUCCGCCAUCCUUACGGCCAUAAAUCGCAGUGUCCUUGUCAGAUCUCAGACAAAAACCACUCCCAAUUCAAGCUAUACAAAUGGCGCCGACUCGACUCCUUCUCCUACUUGCGCUUCUCUCGCUCCUUCUCUUCUCUCUCCUCCCCACCCCCAUUCUCUCCGACGCCGCUGCUGACGACGACGAAGACCUCAACUUCCUCGAGGAGCUCGAAUCCGACGAUAUAGGGUCCAGCCACCAACACCACCACUCCGAUGCCGAAUACUCUGAUAAUGACGGUGAGGAAGACGAGAACUACGAUGACUUCGAGGUUCCAUCGGACUUUAACCACCAAGACGAGGAGGAUGAAGUCGCCACAUUUGAUGAGAAGGAUGUAAUAGUCUUGAUGGACGGUAAUUUUAGCGAUUUCGUUGACGAGAAUAAGUAUGUCAUGGUGGAGUUUUACGCCCCGUGGUGUGGGCACUGCAAGGCCCUGGCGCCGGAGUAUGCAGCAGCCGCCACUGAGCUGAAGGGGGAGAAUGUGAAGCUCGCCAAGGUGGACGCCACGGAGGAGAAUGAACUGGCUGAGAAGUACGAAGUUCAGGGGUUUCCUACUUUGUACUUCUUUGUUGAUGGGGAGCAUAAACCUUACUCUGGUCAACGUACCAAGGAUGCAAUUGUAACCUGGAUUAAGAAGAAAAUUGGACCUGGGGUAUCUAACAUAACAACCACCGAGGAUGCAGAGCGUAUAUUAACAUCUGAGAAUAAGGUCAUCUUGGGCUUCCUUGACUCAUUGGUGGGUCCUGAUAGUGAAGAGCUCGCUGCUGCAUCAAAGCUUGACAAUGACGUUAACUUUUACCAAACUGCAAAUCCCAAUGUGGCUAAGAUGUUUCACUUGGAGGCUGAUGUGAAACGCCCUGCUUUGGUCUUGCUAAAGAAAGAGGCAGAGAAAGUGACCCAUUUUGAUGGGCAGUUCAAAAAGUCUGUAAUAGCUGAGUUUGUUUCUGCCAACAAGCUUCCCCUAGUGGUCACUUUUAGCAGAGAAAAUGCACCGCUUAUAUUUGAAAGCACAAUAAAGAAGCAGCUUUUGCUCUUUGCCACAUCGAAUGACUCACAAGGAGCACUUCAAACAUUUCAAGAAGCUGCAAAGCUUUUCAAGGGAAAGCUUAUAUUCGUAUAUGUGCAAGUUGACAAUGAAGACGUAGGAAAGCCUGUGGCGGAUUACUUUGGAGUGGCUGGAGAUUCUCCAAAAGUUUUGGGCUAUGCAGCAAAUGAUGAAACUAAGAAAUAUAUACUUGAUGGGGAAGUUACACAUGAGAAAAUUAAGGCAUUUGGGGAGGCUUUCUUGGAAGACAAGCUCAAGCCAUUCUAUAAAUCAGAUCCGGUUCCCGUGACUAAUGAUGGUGAUGUGAAAAUAAUCGUUGGGAAUAAUUUUGAUGAUAUUGUUUUGGAUGAGUCUAAAGAUGUCCUUCUUGAGAUAUAUGCACCGUGGUGCGGCCACUGCCAAGCUCUUGAACCGACAUACAACAAGCUUGCCAAGCACUUGCGAGGCAUUGAAUCUCUUGUAAUAGCCAAAAUGGAUGGAACGACGAAUGAACACCCUAGGGCUAAGGCUGACGGGUUCCCCACCAUUCUCUUCUUCUCAAAAACCGUAGUCUUCCUUAUUAUUACGGUUGACACUGAUCGAACAGUGGUAGCAUUCUACAAGUUCCUCAAGAAACACGCAUCGAUCCCUUUUAAACUCCAGAAAGCCGGUUCAUCUCCGAUGUCCGAGGAUUCCCAUACCAAAGAAGGCAUCAAGAGCUCCACUAGCGACGUUAAGGAUGAGCUAUGAAGACUGUAUUACUACAAUGUAGUUUCCGGGCAUCCACAGGCCGAUACCAUUAAAUAGGAAGUGAGACAGAGAUGGAGGAUGUCUGAAGGAAAAUCUAAUUCAUCAAGUUUCUGUCUUAAAUAUUCUGAUGUUGUGAUUACUUAGUGAACUACACGAAUAACGAAAUGAUGGAAAUGGAUUCUCUCUUCUUACAGCCUCCUGAAAUUCUGCGUUGGAGUGGAUGAAUUUGAAGUUUGGGAUUUGUUUCGAUCA